AUGUCGUCGCAGGUCGAAUGGAAUGCCGAGAACCUGAACGAAGACGUCGCGCGGAUGCGGACGUUGUGGGUCAACGAACUCCACGCGCCCGAGAUCCUGCAGUACAGCGACGAGAUGGUGUCCGAGAUGCUCGAGCAGAUCCGCAAUCAACAGGAAUACAUUGACGCGAUCAAUGCCGACCGGGAAGCGCUCACUGAGCAGAAAUCCUUGGUCAACAAGCUCUAUCAGAUGGAGAUUGACCGACUGCGGUACAUGGUCUCGUCGUAUCUCCGCACGCGUCUACGAAAGAUUGAAAAGUUUGCUUUGCUCAUUCUGGACGACGCCGGACUGACGCAACGUCUGUCAGUGCAAGAGCGCGACUUUGCACAGCGCUUUGUGAUGCUGUAUGAGUCGCAUGUGAAUGACUUGGCACUGAGCAAGAUGGACGAGGAGUCUCGAUCUCUCUCGGCUGAAGGCAUGGUGCUCCAACCGGCUUUGGACGGCUUUGUCUUUUGCCAAGGCAAGGACGCAGGCGGCGUGCAGUGCGACGACAGGGGAGCGAGUUUCGUCCAGGUCACUUCCUCCGAUCGCUACGUGCUGCGCUACCGCAGCGUUCAGACACAUGUCGAAUCCGGCGCAAUUGAGCUGCUUUAG